GAGGAAACGGUCUAGGUAGAGAUGAAGGUUGGUGCAGGCCUGCGAAGCUAAGGAUCCAAACUUUAUAGAGGGCAUCCAUCCGGGUCUGGGAGGGGAGCGAGGAGCCAUGAACAGAGAUGGAGAAGCGGGCAUGCCAACUGAGGGCGGAUGGAUGGUUGUGUGUGGAUGGGGAGUUGAAUCUUCAUCAGUGCCGCCAGCGCCUUGAUCCCGGGCGGGGUGAGAGGUCUGUGUGGUGGGAGCUCGACUCGACGAAAGGCCGCCGCAUGAGACUAACCGCCAACAUGCUCUAGCGACCCUCGCAACGCCUCAGCAGCCUGCAGCCCGAGUCAAAAUUGAGCACAACGCCGACACUAGAGUACCUGGAUUCAGCAAGACGAAACUCUCAAAAAGGGAGCAACAGCUUGGCUGCCUUCUUGACACUCGUUUCCCGAACUCCAAGUCUUCUCCGAGGCCUCGACGCUGGACAGCUCCACCAUGGGCCAUGGCAGCAGGGCCUAGCAGAAAGCACGAAAUCCUCCGAUAUGGACUAACCCGCUCCCUAGGGAACACGUCUAUCAACCCACAGCUGCAUCUUGGAUUCCUCCCCAAGGGAAAAGGCUCCACUACACCUCGACGCCCAGGUUUGGAGCACGUACAAAUGUCCUCCCAAUGCGACCACAGACUGGAACAGGCAUGGAAUCCCUCCUCACCGACUUCUCUCCUGCCUGUGCCGCUCUCCGAUGACCUAUGAUUGAUUACCUGACCGGACUUCUAUUUUCGGGCUCGCGUUUGCCAGUUUGCCACUGACUGUGGCAGAGAACUUGGUCAACAGUUUUGGCACAAGUACCAACGGCGACCUAGCCGAGCACAAUGCGCCCGCAGCCGCCCGGCUCUUCUCGGCCUCCUCACGCUGGGAUCUCCAUGAUAGCAGCGACCCCUUGGUACAUGUCUUUGUGCAUGAAAGAACUGCAAGAUGAGAAGGUUAUCGCAUGUAAGCUCGACUGGGGUCCUGCAGAGAUGAUCUGCAGUCAGCCCUACGAGUGCCUGUGAUCCACAUUUGGCCUCCUUUUCGCCCCAGCCUUAACCAUCGGUAUGUCUCCGAUCAGGUGAAAGGGACAGACUCAUUCGCCUGUGGGUUUCUCGCAGUGAACCGCGGGUCUUUGCGCCUCUAAAAGCACCUGGCGCCUUCCUCGCAAUUCCGUCCAGAAUGUAGUGGCCGUGCUUUCCUUGGAUGGUCAGCGUCCGUUGCGGCAACACCCUUUGCAUAUUGCUAUACCUGAAGUCAAGGUUCCUGUUUUCGCUUUGGCCACAUGCCGUCCCUGAGUGCGCCUCUGUCCAGGAAAAUACGGAGACGAGCAGUCACCCUAACCACAGAUGUCUUCAUUUCGACAACCUGCGCUUUCGAUUUCCGAACAGGUGCAUCGGUGGUUGUCAAACGUGGAGCAAGGCUCGACUGGCCUCGACCAUAAAGACUCAUCUCCGAAUGUACCCUUUCACAGACUGAAGCGCAAAGCAGAAACACAACGGACCCGAGAACCAGUUUCGGAACUGUUGAACUCAGAGCGAGCUGGAGCCACAUACGAGGGUCAGCAAAGAAGUGCAGGGGAGAAGGUCCAGGUCAAAAGAAGGUCAGGUAAUCAGGCCAAGCUCGGCCCGCCCUCUGACAGCCGAAAUCUCAUCCAGGGGAAUAACAGAACAAAGAGUCGAGAAGAUGGCAAUGUCGUGGAUGCAGGCGAGAAGUAUGCCAGGAAGCUAAGGCAUAGAACUAAACCAGACAGAUACGAAUACAAGGGUGCCAUGGAAAAGCCUUUGAAGAAGCGGGAGUCUAGGAAAAUCGCAAGGAAAAAUUCGGCAAUGCUGCAGAAUCACGAUUUUCAGGCCUCAAACGUGGCCAGCGGAAGAUUGACCCUCAACCCCAAUGCUGGACCAGGGUUUCUUGCCAAAGCAAAAUCUUCGGCCGACGCAGGGAAGACGGGAUUGCCCGACUUGACCUUCUCAGAAAUGGCAUUCUUGAAAAGAAAGAGACAGGAGAACGGUGGGCGCUUCCCCAGAAUCAAGGAACAGGAUCCCAGAAAGAAAAAUUGCACGUCGCUACACCAUGAGAUAGCAGAGUUCUUUUCCCGACCAAGAGGGCUGAGACACGAAGGAUCCUGCCUGCGCAAUCAGCCUUCGACCGACUCCUGCGUUUCAUGGUCAGGCUCCCCAGUACCGAAGCGAAUAUCGUUAAUACACCCACGACUGAGUUCGGUUGCACGGUCAGACAAGUCAGAAAGUAUCCAUCUUCACGAAGCCCACGGCCCAACUGCUCCUCCAGUGGUUCGUCCAACGAGCUCCACUAGCGCGGACUUUCUAGAAAAGUUCACGACUGACGCACUCUUGCAUGGAGUCGAAGAAUUUUCCAGGGGAGAGAAGAGACGUUACUCAUUGACUGAUCUGAAGAAGCUAGCUGCACAGGCAGCCUCGGACCUUGCUAGCGACGAGGGAUCUGGGCAUGAUAUUGAUAUAGUGGGCAAUGUCAUCGACUCAACCAAUGAAUUGCAAUGGCCUAUGCUUCCCAUAUCGAAGGGAACCCUAGACUCACCUCACCCAACCGUGCCACAGCAACAGCGGAGCCUGAAUCAAUCUGCAGAGUAUUGCAACGAGCCAAGACGAGAGCAUCCAAGCGUGCAGCCUUCGGGCCACAACCGAGUGCUGCUGGACGCAGGCAGUGACAAGCAGGAUGUUGAUCGAAUUUCACCUUCUGGAUCUGGCCCCCUGAGACAGCUUGUUAGCCCUACUUGGCACCCUCAGUCGCUUUGGGAGGGGUUUGCGGACAUGCCAAUGUCAUCUUGUCAUGUCCACUAUUCGAGAAAUCGACACAAAGACCGUGAACUCCCCUUGGAUGCAGACAGUAUCCCCGAAUUACAACGAUGUGCCGCGGGACUUGGGCAUUCUAAUCGGCCGGCGCCAGCAAAGCCUGCUGUCACCGGGAACUUCAUGAAUGAAACCGAGGCACUUCACACUAUUGCCGAGUCUCCAUGCGAGCUGGAUGAUUUUGACAGAAAACUGUUGCAACUAGGGACGGGGUUGGCACUGUCGGAAUCGGGAGCCAUGGUCGACCGAGAGUCUCCCCUGUACGAAACCGACGUCGAAAAGCCUUUGCAAGACGCAGUUGGCUACUGGUGCGAAGCUUUUGCGGACAGUGCUGCCGAUCGAUACCGGGCUCAUGACUCAUUGGGUGUCCGGCAUAUACGCGACGUACCAGUGGACAAUUCCCAGUUCCAACAUGGCCAGGAAUUUGCUAGAUCGUAUCGUCAUACGUCUCAGGAUACCACAGAGGGAUUCUCGGGAUUCUCUCGGCGACAUCUUCUAUAUUGAUCGGCGGGACAUAGAAAUAGACCAAGAUGAAGCAGGCUGUUGGAUCUGGAGAUAGGGACGGGAGCAGAUGUAAUGUAGCUGAUGCAACCCC